AUGGACUUAACCACCAUUCCACGGUGGUAUGCGGCGGCCGGAGGGCGUGAGCCUCCAAACGGUAGUAGUGAGGCAGCCAUCGGGAGGGAAAUGAAGAUGGAAGAGGGUGGUUCGAACCCACCGAGUACAGCAGCAACAGCAGCGAAGAGGCGACAGUUUGCUGACCUCGUCGGCAGCUCCGUCAUCAACAGCGACGGCGCCGCAGCGGCUGGUGGUAAGGACCCGACUAUAGGAGGAUCGUCCGUUAGUCCCCCGGUGGUCUUUAGUUCCUCCGGUCAUAGAGGAUAUCGUCGUUGGUCUUGGUUGAUCGGAACAGGCGAUAUGAUGUGGUGGCGUCGGAGUUAA